UAGUGUCGUUUUUGUAGCAACAUGAAAAAGAGGGCGAAUCUUAAAAAGAAAUACAUGUAUAAGAGGAAGACAUGACCGUGGGGAGACCGGGCAGGAACAUGACAAAAAGCCUCACUGGUCAUCGAGACGAGAAAAGUUUGUUCCGAACAGACAAAAGUACCAGGAAGUUAAGCUACUACAGCGGGAGAGAGGGCAUUGAUCAUCGCUUUUGUGUUCCGGAGAGAAGGGAUAAUGACGAAGGAGGAGGCAGCGGCGGAGGAGAGGGGAGGAAGGAGAGGAGGACGGCGGAGGGAGGUGGCGGAGGUUGCUCUGAGAGGCGGAGGCAUGGCGGCGGCGGCAGCAGCGAUGGCUCUGAUGCUGACCGCUCGUGAGGAAGGCGUCGCCGACAUCUACGGCUUUCAGCUCUCUCUCUCCUCCAAAUGGUCUUUUUCUCCCUCCUACCAGUAUCUGGUGGCAGUAUCAGCAGCAGCAUCUCUAUACUUAGCGGUUCAGUUCCUGGUGGGUAGUUUACGGCUUCUGAGGAGAAAUCCGGUUAUACCCUCAAGGCAGCAAGCCUGGUUCAUUUUCAUGGCGGAUCAGAUCUUUGCAUAUGGGAUGAUGAGUGCAGGCUCAGCAGCUUGUGGAGUCACUAACCUGAACAGGACAGGAAUCAGACACACUCCCCUCCCAGAUUUCUGCAAGUCUCUCCACAGCUUCUGCAAUCAUGUCGCUCUCUCUAUCCUCUUCACCUUCCUCUCUUGCCUCUUCCUCGCCUCCUCUGCUCUCUUCGCUGUCCUUCACCUCUCCUCCAUCCACUAGACUAUGCCUAUACCCACCACUGCUUGUUGUUACUCUCUCUGUUCAGUGUCAUUGAUGUUGUAAACAAGACAUAUUUCCACAAAAGACUGUGUGCACGCUUCCAAUAUAGAUAAUGUUAGAAAGAAUUUGUUUGAA